CGGUGCGGUGCUAGCUGAAAAACCGAUAGUACACAUAAACACAUAUUCCACAACACACAAGUAUUUAGAUUAUUUCAAGCAGUCACUAUCAUCCACAACGCAAUAUCAAACUGUUGAUAAAACGUGUGAGUGUACGCCAUGUUCCGCAGCCUCAUGGUAUGCAACCUCUAGCAAUAACACAUAACAUAAUACAAAAGCAUGUGUAAUGAAUAAUAUGCGUGGAAAAGAUUCGCCGUAUCAGUCCGCAGACAUGUACAAUCGUCGCAGUCGAUCGAAUUCGCGCGGCAGGCGUUAUUCGCGUUCCAACUCAAGGUCGCACUCGCCGCCCUCAAGAAAACGACGCACUCACAAACAUCAUCGCUAUGAUAGAGAGCCAUCAAUUGAAGAAGACCGAGAGCGGGAUUAUCGACGAGAUAAGGAGUAUUUCUAUGAGGAGAAAGAACGCAGUCAGAGCCGUGAACGUGAUCAUCGUGAGCGAAAAGAACGGCAUCGCGAUUCGCACAGGGAGAAAGAUUACAGAAGGAGUUCAGGAGGUAGUUCAAGAUGGGGAGAUGAUAGGUCUAGGGAUAGAGACCGAGAGAGGUAUAGGGAUAGAGAACGUGAUCGUGAUCGAGAAAACGGACGAGAAAGUGAUGACAGUGAUAGUUCAUGUGGUGGUGCGUUACUAGGCGCGAGUGGGUCGGAAAUCAUUGGCUACAAGAGUCAACCACCUAAUCACACAAUAAUGAUCAGAGGACUUGCUCAACACAUAACAGAAAAUGAUAUAAGACAAGAUAUUAUCCAGUGUGGAUUGAUGCCCAAAGAUAUUCGUCUAAUUCGCAAGAAGGACACAGGUGCGUCGCGCGGUUUUGCCUUUGUCGAGUUUUCAACGGUAGGAGAGGCAGUCCGAUGGAUGGAAAUGAAGCAGGGCAUUUUAAUGCUGCAAGAUCAGUAUAGAGCUAUCAUGCAAUAUAGCAUUCCGAAAGAGUUGUGUCCGCAAAAUGAGAAGGCACCAUCGCACAAAGCAUCAGCCGACUGGUUCUGUAUCAAAUGUGGUGCUCAAAAUUUCAAACGCCGUGAACUUUGCUUCAAAUGUCACGCUUCACGAAUGGAAAGCGAAGAAGGCGGCAGUGGUAGUGAUGAAAUUUGUAAUUACACCACAAAAACGAUCAUGUUGAGAAACUUGGAUGCAUUGACAACAGAAGAUACAAUCAUGUCCGUCCUGAGUAAUGUAAUAGAAGAACACGUGAAGAAAAUAUCCGCGGUUGCAAUCGGUCGUGAUCCUUUGACGUCCACAUCGCGUGGAAUUUGCUAUCUAGGUACCGAGUCCACCGUGGACGCGUUGAGCAUUUUCGGUGCGUUGAAUAAUUUAAGUCCGCCAUUAAGCAUCGAUGGGAAAACAGUCAUAUUGAGUUACUGCAAGUACAACAUGGGCGACACGAAGCAUUUGUACUCGGAGCCGGAGAAUAACUUCAGCAGCAGUGCCUCGGUACCAACGAACUACACCCUCAACGAUGUGGAUAGUUUAGCAGAGUACUCCGCUAAUAAAUACGCAAAGAACGCUGCCGAAUAUCAGCAUUAUUUCAAUUAUUAUAAGCAUUACUUUACUCAGCAGAUCAAUGCUGGUAAUUCGAUUACUUUACAACAGGAGAACCAAAUGGAUGCAGCGAAUGCAGCUGCUGCUGUCGCACAAUCUGCGAUUCAACAAUUACAAGCGAAUAAGACUUUCUUUGACACUACACAUAUGUCUGUACCGAAUGGUACUGAUGGAAAAAGAUAUCCAAUACCGGAUGUAACAAAAUACACCUAUGAGAAAUCAAGCGGAUAUUACUACGAUGCAUCAACGGGUCUCUACUACGACCAGAAUUCACAAUAUUAUUGGAACAGUGUCAUCCAGAAGUAUCUCUACUGGGACCGCGAGAAAUUAACCUAUGUCCUCGCUCCGAGUAACUACGAUCAGACUGGUGUGGCCCAACCACCUGCCGAAGAACCCCAACAAUCCAUUACAAAGAAAACCAAACCGGAAAAACAAGACAAGGUGAAAGUGGCGAAGAAAAUCGCCAAAGAUAUGGAGCGUUGGGCGAAAACCCUCAAUCAGAAGAAGGAUGCUCAACCACAACGUCCCUACGACUCAAUCUACGGUGCUUCGAACGCUUCGGGAUCAGCAGAUAUCGGUUUCUCCGUCCUUGAAAAGAAAGCCAACCAGAACCACAUCAGUAAUGGUUACACAGAGUCUGAUAUGUCCAAUGCGCAAACUCCGCUUGUUGCCGCCUAUGGCGGCGAGAGUGAAUCCUCUGACGAAGAGGAAAAGACUAAAAUCAACGAUCUUGACUUCUUGGACUUCAACACGCUCAUCUGCAACCUAUGCAAACGCAUGCUGCCGAAUUCAGACGCGUUAACGAAACAUGCGCAGUUUUCAGCGAUUCACAAACAAAACUUGGAGAAUCUAAAGUCAAAGAAGCGCAAAAUCGACAGGGAUAAUGAUAAACAGACGAUUUAUCGCGACCGCGCCAAGGAGCGACGUUUAAAAUACGGCGAUCCUGAUGAACCAGCACCCAGUAAGCUCAAGGAGAAGUACCUGAAGUCCAGGGAGAUGGAAAUGCCACCCGUGACUUCCUCAGUGUUGGAACCCAUCGGGGCUGAUAACAAAGGCAACAAACUGCUGCAGAAAAUGGGUUGGACUGAAGGCCAAGGCUUAGGCAAGUCCAAUCAAGGCAGGACCACCAUCAUUCAAGCCGAACAACGUGUUAGCUCCGUUGGGCUAGGGAGCAAAUCAGGCACGUAUCAAGCUGUCGCCGGCGAAUCAUACAAAGACUGUGUGAAGAAAAUGAUGUACGCGCGGUAUCAAGAGUUGUCCGAGAAGGAUUAAGUGCACGCUGAGUUGAAAUUGUGCCAAACGCAAACAGUUGACAUUUCAUUUCUAUUGAUUUACUUAUUACGAUGUUAUAACUGAUGAUUGUAUGGUUGUACAAUAAUAUUAAAGCAAAACUGUACCACUUA